AACAUAGAUAGUCUGUUAGCAACUACAAGAGUAAUAAGUUCAAAAACAUAUAAUCAAGAGACAGAUUGCGUUGAAAUAUCAAAAAGAGUUUGGCAGAGCAAUAAAAUUAAUAAAUACAUAUCACAAGAUUAUGCACUACAAGACAGUUACUCAGGUUAUAAAACUGAUGAAUAUAGGUUAGAAUUAAACUCAGAGGAAGAAACACCUCCUGAUCCUUUUUAUAAUUAUGAUUUAAAAGCAGCAUCGGGAAUGAGAAAUGCAUUCGAUUUAAUAUACAUAUGUGAAAAAAAAAACACAAGAAUUUUUGAACAUGAUGAGACUAAUUUAGUUGAUAUUAAUAACAAACGAGUUUUAUAUAAGUGUCAAAAAGUUAAUAUGCAAGAUGAAUCAGUUGGACAAUCAAGCAAUACUUUCAAAAGCUCAAAAGUAUCUAAAUUUGGUAGAUCUUUACUUCGUAGCCCUGUUUGGAAGUGGUUUGAAGAAAUAUAUGUCGAUAAUACUCAGCAUGAUCAGUAUAAUGUUGAAAUAGCAGAUAAAAAGCUUUGUGAUACUAAAUACUCUGAAAAGACUGAGCAACAAACAACCAUUACAAAAGUAUUUGAAGCUUCUUUAUUGAAGCCAUAUAGCAUAACUGAACAAACCAUUCAUGAUAGGGCUAUUAUUGAAACUGUACCAAGUAGGAGAAAGAUUAAGAGUCUAAUUGAUGAGGAAUUUGAACAAAUCUGCUCUCAUCUGCGAGAUGACUUAUAUAAAGCUGAAACUGUAUCAUUAACUGCAGAUUUAUGGAUAGUGCAUUCGUGUAAUAGUUAUUUAGGCAUAACAAUAAUGUGGAUUAAUAAAAUGUUCAAACUAAAUGAAGCUAUUUUAGCAGUUACUUCUCUUAAAUAUUCGCAUACUACUGAUGCAAUUGCGAAAUAUAUUGAAGAUCUCAAACCUUACAUUAAAAUACUUGCAAGUUCACUUACUGUUCAGCAGGAGAAAGAUGCAAUCGCAAAUAGAAAAUGUCUAAAAGCAAUUAUGAUUACUGAGGAUGAGUGGAGUAUAGUUGCUAAUAUAAUUAAAAUUUUAAAACCUUUUAAUGAUAUAACGAAUUAUAUUUCAGGCAGUUCAUACCUGACUAUGAGCAUUAUUUAUCUGAUGAUGAGCACUCUUUGGAAUACUUUACUGAAAAAAUUUGAAAAUGAAGAUAUUAACGAUAAUUUUAUAGAUGAACAGAUAGAAAUUAAUACUAGUUUAUUUGAUGAUGAGGAAGAAUUGAAUGAAGAUGCAGAACAAUUCAAGUCUCCA